AUGAGUCGGUUACAACGAUGGCUUCGGAAACUGGGCUCCAGGACAAAGAAGAGGCGACGUUCGGUAUAUGUUGAUGAUCAACAGCGUCAGCAACAGUUACGAUACGAAGAAUGGCAGCGAGGGUAUGAAGCAUGGCGGCAAGCUCAGGGCUUGAGCGAGCCGUGGCCAUUGUCCCAAGAUCAUACAGAGACACGCCAGAAGGAUAUGACAGAAGAAGACGAAUUCAGCGACAACUUUGUCUGCGAAGACGAUCGAAAGGCACGAUUUAGCGAGCCUGAAGACGUGGUGGCAGGGUUCGGGCCAGGGCUCGAGACUGGUCAGCAGGCGUUGAGGAGACGAAGGCGGAUCUCAAGUCCAGAGUUUUCUCAAGUCCCACAGAAGAAGAAGGCAACCUCUGGUGGUCCGUCGAAGGCUGCAAGAGGGCAAAAGCGGCACAGAAGGAAUGGCGAGACGGUUAGCUUGGGCGGAGGCGCUACCAGAUCUGCACUUCCAAGUGCAAUGGAUUACUAUACGCUAACCUCCAUCGCAAACUCGUGGGGAAUGGUUCCUGUUGUGAUGAAGCGCACUGGUGACAGGCGGGAAGGCGUAGGGGACGAAUACAUCGCCUCCUCGGGGAUUCUACGAGGAGAAGAGAUGCGCCCACUGCUCCUGUUGCGCUCUGACACUGCUCAGAAACGCGCCAUGUCAUUUACAUACGGCGACUCCGAGCAAGAUAAUGAUGAGAUUGAGCUCAUGUCAUUCAAGACUAUGGCAGCCAAUUAA